AUGAAAACCUCUCCUACAAAGAGAAGAAAAAACUCGAAAACUCUCGACGAAGACAUAAUCUCCGGCCUUCCGGAGCCUAUUCUUCACCACAUUCUCUCCUUCCUCCCCACAAUCGACGCCGUCCGGUCAACCUCCCUCUCCAAAACAUGGUACUCCGCCUACAAAUCCUUCCCCGCCAUGGAUUUCGACUUCCACUCCUUCCUCCAAUCUGCUCACACUCACCGCCCCUCAAAACCCGACAAUAAUAAUCUCAAAAACCUCACCCAACAAUUCUACCAACACAUCGAUCGUUCCAUCGCAAACCGACCACCGUCCGCCGGAGUCGAGAAGUUCAAGCUCGUCGUGAACCUCGCCGGGCCCCGUCUGGCCCGCCUCCUCUCUCAUCUCAACCAGUGGCUCGUUUUCGUCGCGGAAAAAAAAGUCCAAAACUUGGUCCUUUUUUGCUUCUCCACGUCACGGCCGGGAAAGGGCCACCGAUGGCCCUACAUUCUUCCCCGGCCCCUCGUUCGUGCCCUCCCGACUCUAAAAAGUCUCGACUUGUUUGGAUGUCGGUUUCUCGAGCGCGAUUGUUGUUUCUACGGGAAAAAUACCCAGUUUUCGCUCACGAAACUAAGGCUCUUACACGUUUUCGUCGGCCAAGAAACCCUAGAGAGCGUGCUCUCGCGUUGCGAGCUUCUCGUGGAGCUCUCGAUUGUCUCGUGCAAGGGUUUUGAGGUCGUUAGUGUUCCUCGCGAGUGCCGGAAAUUGGAAGCUAUUGACUUUUAUCUCGGUAGGGGUAGUGAGGUUCAAAUCGUGUCGGUUUUGGCACAGAAUGUACGUUCGGUUAGUUACGGUGGAGGUGAGGCUAACGUACGAGGUAGUCUAAUGGGUUCGGAUUUUUUCAAAUGCGUCGAGGAAUUGAAAUUGCACGACUCGGAUAUAACGGACAAGUUUUUCCAGGUCACUCCGAAGUUUGGGCGGCUCGGUAAGGUGGUGAUCGAGAGGUGUGGUUGCUUGGAAAGCAUUGGGAUAAUUUCGGGUGGUGGUCGACUAAUGGAACUGUCAGUAUCCGAAUGCUCGAUGCUUAAGCGAAUCGAGCUCGAUUCUCGUUUUUCAGGACGUCUUAGGGUUGAUUCAUGA